AUGCAGACGGCGCCAAAGAGAACGCGGUGGAGAAGCGAGUAUGCGCGUGGGCAACACUUGCCACACGCGAUUGGCUGCAGUGACCAGGCGAAGGGGGCCCCCUCCCAUUGGCCGCCCCUCCGUGCCAACAAUUUGGCAGAGGACCAAGUGGGAGGGACCACGCGUGAGGUGGAGAACGCUCUGGACGCUCCGCUGGGCGUAGAUGGUGCAAUAAAGGCACUCUGCCGAAGGACCACCGGCGUCGGCAUUUGCAUAAAAAUCCACCCACACGCCGCCCUAAUUGAGCGCGUACAGAGCAAUGAGCAAGUGCAAGCA